GCUCUUAUGCUAUAACAUUUAUUGAUGGGUUAACUCAACAAAAGGAAACUGUUUCAUACCGUAAUCUCAUCUUUUCAAUCAAUCAAUUUUUGGAUCAUCUAGUAUUUCAAUUGAAGUGAAAUUUACAUUUGUAUCUGUUUAGAACAUUAAUUAAAAUGGAACUAGAUAAAGAAGAGAUUUUGAAUGAACUCAUGAAUUUCGAGAAAAAUUAUGGACGUGACUGUGAAAAUGGUCUGCCGGAUUAUUUGGAAAGACUACUCAUCAAUAUAGCCAAGUCUGGGGAUACAAUUUAUCCUUGGAACAAAAUUAAACCUGUGAUUUUGAAAAAGAUCGAGCUUGUGGUCAAUGAAUUCAAUACCAAGUAUCCCUAUGAAAAUAACCCGGUCUUACCAAAUGUUAAACCAUUCAACUUCCAGGAAAUGAAAGAUGAAAUAAUUGAAAAAUUCGAAUACUUUAAUGGAGCCCCAUUCACUAUACAACGGAUUUGCGAACUCCUCACGGCUCCUUAUAAAUAUUACAAGAGAUCGGACAAAUUUAUGAGAGGCUUAGAAAAAAAUAUACGCGUUAUAAGUACUAUUGAAGCAAGACGUGUGGAUAGUGAAAACGAGCCCGAACCCUUCCAAAGAGAGUUUUCACGUUCACCGCACAACAACUCUUCAUCUCCAUCAUCUUCUGCAUCUUCCUCAAAUAUUCUCUUAUCUUCGUCGCCCUUACCGUCAUCAUCGUCGUCAUCAUCAACAUCACCAUUACCAUCAUCUUCAUCUGCACCUUCUGCAUCAUCAUCUUCACAAAUUUCAUCGAUUGCCUCUUCGUCUUCUGCUUUUAUGAAUGGACUGAACGAAAAAGAAGAAUCAUCUUCGCGAGCAUUACUAUGCUCUAAUCAAAUGUCACAAUCAUGUUCACAUUUACAAGACUCCGAUCCAUUACCUAAUGCCCCUGCACCUUUGCAGCAAUUGGAUAGUUUCACUACUGUUUUUGCUUCGCCUCCAUCCACACCACUUGCCGUUGUAUCUGACAUUCAUCCUUACGAUGCAGGCUCACCUUCAUCUUCCAGUUCCUCAUCGUCCGAAUCCUCACCACAACCUUCUUCAUCUUCUUCGCCUCCUCCAAGUCUAGCUCCUGAAACACAUGAACUAAACCAAGAUGUAGAACUCGAAGAUGCAAAAAGUCAAGAGAACUCAACCAUCAAUAAAAUGGGUAAUUUAAACGGUUCUGUAAAACCUGAUGAUGAACAGGUGAAUAUGAUGGAGCAAGAAGAACCAAUGAACCAGGUAGAAGAUGAUAAAUCAUACGACAAUUUAGAUGAAAAAUUAGAUGUAAAACAAGUCGAAAAGUUUGAAGAGAAUCAAAAUAAGAACCGAUAUGAGGACCAAAACUUGAAACAAAAUGAAAAGAUUACUACAAAUCAAGAGGAAAAGCACGAUGAAAAGCAAAAUGAAAAACAAGAUGAAAAGCAAGAUGAAAUACAGGAUGAAAAACAAGAAGAACAACAUGAAGAACAACAAGAAAAGCAAGAUGAAAAACAAAGUGAAAAAGUAGAAGAUAAGUUAGACGACGAGCAAGAUGACAAACGAAGCGAUAAGCAAAGCGACAAGCACGAUGAGAUGCAAGAUGAAACACCAGAAGAAAUGCAAGAGGAAAUGCAAGAAGAAAUACAAGAUAAAAGCAAAAUCUAAAUUGAAAAAUUGAUUUUUACAAGUUUAUGCUUUCUAGUUCAAAUACAGUCAUCGCUUAGGUAAUGAAACUCACAGAAAAUUAGGCAAACCAUGGAAUUUAUGAAUUUCUCAUUUGUUCAUAUCAAUUAAAGUUUGCUUAAUCAUUGAAAAA